GUCGGCAGCAACGUCUCUGCUAAGAGGUUUGGCCUGCAGCAUUUUCACCGGCAGCUGAAGCUUUUUAAAAGCUUCUAAAAGUUAUUUAUCUCCAUGUUUUCAUACGAGGGAAUCGGGAUUUCACUAUAAGAAUGAAUGGUAAAGUUAUUGGAACGGGUCCAUACCGGGCAACCAAGCUGUGGAAUGAAACCAUUAAACUGUUCCGUGGAGGCUUGCCGCUGAGAAGGCACUGGGCGAACUUCCGCUCCUAUGAUUGCAGUUUCACAGGAGCUGAGGCUGUCGAUUAUCUGCACGAUCUGCUGAGGCGCAAUUACAACUUUGGGCCCGAAGUGACUCGCUACCAGACUCUGCAGCUGCUCAGGAAGUUCCUCAAGGCUCAUGUAAUCGAAGACAUCAAAGGACGCCACGGGACAGAGGACUUUGAAGACAAUGGCCAUCUGUACAGGUUCCCCCCACUGUCUCCCCUGAAAUCCUUCCCAACAAAGCCUCUGUUUAGAGACUGCGGUGACCUUCCCAGACUCAUUCGUUGGGAUGACUACGAAGAAUUACCUCAGCGGGAAAACAUAGCACCACUGAAGUCUUCUGUCAUGACCUCAGAUCUGUGGAAUAAGAGGCACAGUGUUGCUAUUGGGGAUGUGAAUGAAUGCAAGCUCAUACGAAGGAAGGAGAUAACUACGAAGCAAGUGGACCACAUCUGGAAAUCAAUGACAGCUGAGCAUUUACAGAGAGUGUUGGGCCUAAAUUCACUGGAUGGCGUUUUAAACCCUACGCAUGUGAACGGCAAGCACAUCGUUCACAACGUGUUCAGCGUUAAUAAGACGGGCAUAGUCGUACUGGAGAACAAAGCAGAGGACAUGCCAUAUUGGGUGGUAUCAGCAAUGAAAUGCCUCGCCAAUUGGCCGAAUGGCAAUGGAAGCAAACAGCCGGCGUAUCCUGGUUUUGAGAGGGAUGUUCUGAAAACAGUAGCGGAUUACUUCCAGAGGCUCAAAGAACCACUGCUGACUUACCAUCUCUACGAAGUCUUUGUCAACAUUCUCAGUGACAGGAGGGUGGCUACUGAAGCUCUGCAGCUCAGCACCCUCCUACUGCCCCCCCCCAACAGAAGACGCCUCCAGCUUCUCCUGCGGCUCAUGGCGCGUGCGUGCCAGAAUCCCCACCUGCCCCCCCUCAAUGACGCCAUCGCCACCCGCACACUGAUGGUGCAGAUGUUCUCCCACUGCGUCCUGGGCUCUGUGGAUGAGAUGGACCUGGACGAGCUGCUCUCCACCAAACUGGUGACCUUCAUGAUGGAGCACCACAACACCAUCUUCCAAGUCCCUGCAAAGCUGCGUAGCCAGGUCCAGGAGCACCUGUCCCACCUGAAGAGAGCUCAAAUCAAAUACGCGGGUUCAGACACAGACUUCAGCGCCUCCCCAGCUUUCUGUAAACAGAUUCGCAGGGUGGAGUCGGAGGAGCAGAGGGUGAUAGGAACGCAGACCCCGCUGCAGGCGCUGCUGGAGGGCCUGAUCGCAGACAGAGAACUCCCUGCCAAGGACAAGAGGAAACGCCUCAAACAGUUCCAGAGGUCGUACCCGGACGUCUAUAACUAUCGAUUUCCCACGGAGGAAAGCAAAGCUGCUGCACUGCCUGAGAAAGCCCCACGACUCAAACCUCACCUCAUGUUCCUCAGGAAACCUUUCCAGCCCUUCCAGAGGAGCUGGAGCUUCAGAGCGUGAGGAACCCCGCUGACACAUCUACUCUCAUGCUGUACACACAACUCUAACUCAGCGUCAUGAGGAGAACACUGUGGCUGUAACGGUACUCUGGCCAUACAAAUAAUGUUUAAAAAGAAUAACUGGACUAGGCUGUAGCACUGUUAACCUAAGAUAAUACUGUAAAGGGUUGGUUCACACAAAUACACUUAAUUAUAAUAAUAAUAAGACAUCCUAACUGUUUUACUCUUAGCACUAUCUGAGGCUGCAUUUACACGGGAACGCAAACAAACCGAAUUCGAUAUCAAAAAAGUCUUCCGUUCACACGGAUACGGCUCAAUAAACGGGUCCCUUCACACGAGACCGCUGGAGACGCUGUAGUACAUACGCCGUGCCUGUAAGUGGCGCUGUACUUCCACCACAAAAUACACCAAAAGCAGCGAAGAAGACCCCCGAGCAUGGCUGCCAUGGUUGCCUGGUUGCCCUUCUGUUUAUUCUCCGCGGUGGAUUUAGCAACAUGUAGUUCAUGUAGUUCUCCAUGUCCACUUGUUGCUGAUGGUUGUGGUAGAGGAGCUGUAGAUUUUGCACUAACAUCUGUAGCAUGGUCAGUAGCUACUGACAGUAGCUACUGACCAUGCCACAGCAGUGAGCAGCAGAGGUGGGGAGAGGCGGGGCUAUGGCUUCAUCGUUAUCAGGAAAUGAUCGUAUAGGGCGUACACACUGAGCCGUUUGGCCCCCCAGAGCGUUCCGUUUGCAGAUCUAUCCACCUUGGGACCCGUUAUCGUUUUAGGGGUCCAUUUCCGUGGUUCCGUUAUGGCCUCGUGUGAACGAACGGGCUAUACGAAAGAGAAAAGUAGCAGAUACAACCCGUUUCGUUCCCGUGUAAACAGCACCUAAAUGUCUGAAUUGACCCUUUAAAAUAAUACAUUUUUACUGUUGCUAGAUGACUUGAACAAAGUAUAGGAAAGGAUAAUGCACUAACAGAACCACUCGUGUUUCUUAAAAUGAACUCUCAUAGUUGUUCAACAAAUGUAUAUUGGUACAUAAUUUACUAAAAUACUGUACAUUAGAAAUAUCAUAAGCAGGCAUGGCAUUGAAUGACAUUGGCCUUGCUGUAUCUUGAUUGAAUGAAAUGCAUUUCUUAAUAAUUUGUUUACGAAAAGUAAAUGAUCAAAGAGCAUCAUACUCGCAAAGCAUUUCUAUUGAUGUAUAAUUUUGUACUGUUUCAUAUUCAGAUCAUUUCUUGAAUAGGCCUUCAAACUGAUGUCAUUUCAUUUGAUUGACUCUUUGCAAUGCAAAGAGCAUUUCAUUUUUAUAAAGACUGUUUAUGUGAUAUUGAAUCUAGGCAGCUCCAAGACCAAUAUUAUCUAUAAUUGUUAUCUUUGUCACUUAAUGUCAGUAAACAUAUCACAGGAUUGAUAAGAAAUGCAGCAUAUGUGAGGUGUUGCAUAACUGAGAAGCUGUAUUGAAAUAUAGAUGACAUAACAUUUAUAACUACAAAACAAAUAAGGAAAAAUGUGAUGAAAUUGCUUAAAAUAUGGUACAACUACAUUUAAAACAUUUGAUAUCCAUAUGCUAAACCCUAAUCUCAGAAAAAGGAAGGAAAGGCUAAAUCAAACAUUUCUCAUGUUACAAACGGUCCUUUCUAAGCCCUCCUUCCAGAUGACUGGACGGGUCCUGCUGCACUACGACUCAUUUCAUGUUUUUACUUGUUUUAUUCUGUAUAUAAGAACUGUUUUAUUCAUUGUUACAUAUUUCAAUUGUUCAAUUUUGUCAUUUUUUAUUACCUGCUAUUCUUUAAUUUCAAUUUUUAAAAUUGUUAAUUUUUAUUAUGAUUAAGUACUGAUAUUCCUAUAUGGAUUUCAAUUAAUGCUCUUAAACAAAUGUAAUAAUGCUGGAAUAACUGUUACCCUUGAAUUGCUGCUCUUCGCUGGAAAAAUUCAACAGAAUGAAAGUGAAUGCAUGUUGAUACUGAUUUUUCUAUAAAUAUUCUAAUUGGCAAA